UUCGAAUAUGGAAUCUUCCGUCACAAAAACUGCCAAGGACGCACUACAAGCCAAAGCAUCGGCAUAUCGCGCCGGCUAUCGGUCGUCGUGUCACGAUGAAAAGGACACACAUUCCUACGGAUCUCUAUUGGAACAGGCUGCGACCGCGCUUAUAGGUCAAAAUCGACGCCAGACGCCGCUCAUCAAUGCUGGAUAUGCAGUGCGAAUAGCUGUUAUUCUAGAUCAAGUUGGUUCCUUUUUGAGGCUGCCGGUUUUACAUAGACAUUCGUAUGAUAUUGAGGACACGAAAUCUACAAACAGGAACCGAAAGCAACUCAUUUUUCUCGGUGCUGGUUUGGAUGUGACAGGAAUCUGGGCUGCUUUGCUAUCUGAUCCUGGUAAUGUAGAUAUUCACGUUCUUGAAGUUGACUUUCCGGACGUUGUCAACGCCAAACGUGACUUUUUGGAAAGAAACCUUAAAUGGACGAGGGCAGACGACAACGCAGGUGAGGAUGUCGUCUGCUAUUCCGUUAAUGGCUCGUCGUUGACCACAUUUACAUUGGUCGCUGCGGACCUACGGAAAGCAAGCAAGUAUGGAAACAUUGCUGGUGCGGCUCACCCAAACGUUGCGACUCUCGUUGUCUCAGAACUCGUGGUUGCAUACUUGGGCGAGGUUGUCUGCCAGACUCUGUUACAGUUUUGUGCAUCCACCCUUUGCGAAAACCGCGAAAGCGCCAUGAUUUUGUACGAACCACUCAAACCAGUCGAAUACGAUCGGUCCGUACUAAGUGCUUACCAGAGAUGCUACUACGCUCACUUCAAGGCCAAGUUAGAACGGGGUGAGUCGGAAACAGGACAACACCAUUCCGUCCUGGCACCUGUCGGCGCGUCGUGCGAAGCGGUGACGACACGACUCCUGCAGUACGGUUUUGCUUUCCCGAGAAUUAUCGAUGUGGGAACUGCAGCACUGUACGCAAGAGCGCACGGCGCCAUGCUGACCCCCUUGGAAAUGUUUGACGAACAUAUGGCUUUAGAUCUUCAUUUGCGUUCCUAUGCUCUGGCUGUAGCUUUUUCUCCGUCACGACAUAUCACAAAUCUGAUUUUGGAGCGUACUCUUUGCCCUUGGGUGACAGGAGUUCGCCCAUCUCGAUUCCAAUUAGAUCGAGUACGUGGGGGCAGCAUCGGUUGGUUGUCAGCAAUAGAACGUUGUGACGAGAAUCAAGUCCGCACGCUUUUUGAAGGUACAUACGAGCAUUUAUUUGAAAUGUACCCGGGCGUUCAUAGAAUGGUCAAAUCGGUUCUCAAAAAGGAUUUGCUAGCGACGGUCGGCAAGGACGGAGAUUCUAUUUCCGAUAUUGCGCAAAGAUUUCGGGACAUGGGUGGCUUUUUCCUAGUUGCCACUGAGUGCCACGAUAUGAGCGACACUGUCCAGCGAAAAAUUGUUGGAUGCAUAGGCUUGCGACGCUAUGCCGAAGGAAAGAAAAGUAUAGAGGGUUCAAACAUGUACGAGAUUACUCGUUUCUUUGUUGACCCACAUAUGCGCGCAUGCGGCGUCGGAAACGAACUUUGGAACUUUGCCAAAGGCUUGGUAAUGCAGCAAGACGGAUUUUCAUCGACAACAUCGAGCACGGGUGUUUCUUUCGUUGCUACCACGCCGGUGUUUUUGAAAGAAGCUAAUGCAUUUUAUCCUUCGCAAGGGUUUGUCAUCAAGAAAGAAACUACCAUGGGAGGCAUACCGAUGCGCACAUACAUACAUACAUACAACAGCACCAGCAACCGCUAA